GCCAAGGGCUGACUAAAUAUCCUUCCCGCUAUUUUUGCUAACAGCUGAUUGCAGCUGAUGCACGUGCGCGCGUACGCUUUUUUCGGCGGAGCAGUCGUCACUAUUCACCAAAGGGAUUAAUAGUUUUCAAAGUGGAGUCUAUUGAACAAUAGUAUGGGGGAAUUUAAGCCGACGGUCAAUGGAAUUUUGUUGAUUAUUGUUUUUCAUCAUACUCUUGCUCAAAUAGCGGGAGCUAAUUCCUUGCAUUAUUUGGAACCUGGAGACUCUGUAGAAAAUACAAAACCUGGAUUACGAAUAUUUUGUCACAAUGCAAAAUCAAGAUACCUCAUUCACCUGUGGAGAACUCUCACGUUGAGUUUACACACUGACUUGGAUACUUACGAUCUCUACGAUGGUAAAAGUCCCCCUGAGGUCGUGGAGAAACACGACCUCAGCCAGCGUUCUUGGAGGUUCAAUUGGUUUGGUACAAAGAGGAGUAAACAGAUGAAGAUUAAUCCCUUUGAGGAUAUUUGCAUUGGUAUCUACACACCUCCAGCCAAUAAUUAUCAUUACAAGAUGUCGAUGACAUUAACAAGCAUUGAUAUCUGGAGACUAGCCCUAACAGUUGGGGGAAUUUUUCUUUUCUGGUCAGCUCCAAAACUCAGCAGAAAUUCAUUAUUUUAUUACAUCACUGGAAUUACUCUAGGAGAUGCUUUUUCUGUACUCAUUCUUAUUUGGUUCGUCAGUAAAUUAUUUGGAAGGGGAAAAACAAUGUACCUGAUGAUUGCCAGUGGCUGGACCCUAAGUACUUGGCUGGCAAACAUCCUCUGGGAGAACGGCCAAAUAAUUCUUUUACAAUACAGAGAUUACAUUCUGUGGUAUGUACUGGCAACUUCCCUCAUCAGUUUUAUCAUUUGUUAUCGAAUUGGACCGGUAACUAACACAAGAACAAAAAACAUCAUCCAGUGGUUCCUCCAGGGCUCAGGACUACUGAUGAUAUAUUUUAGCAGCUACUUUCAUGAAGCUUCCAUGGCCAUUUGUGUUGUCAUAAUUGUUCUCUAUAAUUUUCCAAUUGUUGCCUUCCAAAAGGGAAAAGUCUACUGGAAAUCAAUGUUUCCCGAGCGUCCAAGAUUACUAACAGAAGACGAAUACAGACAACAGGGUAUUAAAGAAACUAGAAAAGCACUAGGAGAGUUGAAGGAAUUUUGCUCGAGUCCAGAAUGUAGCCCCUGGAAAACAGUAUUGAAAUUAAAAGAUCCCAUAAGGUUCGCGCAGUUUAUCGAGGGGUCACCCCAUCUUUCUCCCAAUGAGAGCUACGAUCACGAUGUAGAACUCACGAGACUCAUCGAGGAGUGUGAAUAUACUGAGGAUGAGGACGAGGACGAGGACGACUACUGAAAUGAACUACACUGAACUGAAAUUAUAAAUCAAUUCAAUCAUUGUGCUGUCAUACAGCUUAUCAACUCAUUUUGUAUAUAACUUUGCCAUGUUUCAUUCUGUCUUAUUACGAAUUAUAUUUUCUUUAUUCUGGAGAGGAGAGAUUUUGAGAAUAAAAUCA